CUGACAUAUACACACGCACACUCACCCCUGACACACUCAGCACACUUUUCCUCCACCUGAUUAACAGUCUUGCACACACAAUGACUCUGGAAAAGGGUAAAUAAAGAGGGAAAGGGCUUAUUUUGAUUUCCGAAGAGCUUUGCUGGGUAUCAGCGCAACUUUGUUUUCAUAACUGAGAAAGAGAUCUCUCCAUGCGUUUCUCUCCCGCCAGGAUUCUUUAAAAGAGGAAGAGCGGCCGAGAAAGGGGGCGGGGGACAGUGUUUCACUUUAAGAGUCGCUGGGCGCCCAGACACCAGGAGGGAUCGCGGCAGCUAGAGCCCCCGCGGCGGCGUGUCCGGACCGGGUCGGAGACGCUCGGAAAGCGCCGCAGUUUCUGCACGAAGUUGGCUCCAGCUGUAGCAGCCGCGUUGGAUCCCACAGCCUAUUGCGAGACUCCGGUGUACAAUCCGGAUCUCUGCCCCAACAUGAUCGCGGCCCAGGCCAAGCUGGUGUACCACCUGAACAAAUACUACAACGAAAAAUGCCAAGCCAGGAAAGCUGCCAUUGCUAAAACUAUCCGGGAAGUCUGCAAAGUCGUGUCCGACGUGCUCAAAGAAGUGGAAGUGCAGGAGCCCCGCUUCAUCAGCUCCCUCAACGAAAUGGACAACCGCUACGAGGGCCUGGAGGUCAUCUCCCCCACCGAAUUUGAGGUGGUGCUUUACCUUAACCAAAUGGGGGUUUUUAACUUCGUGGAUGACGGCUCGCUGCCCGGCUGCGCGGUGCUGAAGCUGAGCGACGGGCGCAAAAGGAGCAUGUCCCUCUGGGUGGAGUUCAUUACCGCCUCCGGCUACCUCUCGGCGCGCAAAAUCCGAUCCCGGUUUCAGACGCUGGUGGCUCAAGCCGUGGACAAAUGUAGCUACAGGGAUGUGGUGAAGAUGGUGGCAGACACCAGCGAAGUGAAACUGCGAAUCCGAGAUCGGUACGUGGUCCAGAUCACCCCUGCCUUUAAAUGCACCGGGAUCUGGCCGAGGAGCGCUGCCCACUGGCCGCUUCCCCACAUCCCCUGGCCGGGACCCAACCGUGUGGCGGAGGUCAAAGCGGAAGGGUUCAAUCUCUUGUCCAAGGAGUGCCACUCCCUGGCCGGCAAGCAGAGCUCGGCAGAGAGCGACGCCUGGGUGCUGCAGUUCGCGGAGGCGGAGAACAGGCUGCAGAUGGGGGGCUGCAGGAAGAAAUGCCUGUCCAUCCUCAAAACCUUGCGGGACCGCCACCUGGAACUGCCUGGCCAGCCCCUGAACAAUUACCACAUGAAGACUCUGGUUUCCUAUGAGUGUGAAAAGCAUCCCCGCGAGUCCGACUGGGACGAGUCUUGCCUGGGCGAUCGGCUCAACGGCAUUUUGCUGCAACUUAUCUCCUGUCUGCAGUGCCGUCGGUGCCCUCACUACUUCCUACCUAACCUAGACCUGUUUCAAGGCAAACCUCACUCUGCGCUAGAGAACGCUGCUAAACAAACGUGGCGACUGGCAAGAGAGAUCCUGACCAACCCAAAAAGUUUGGAAAAACUUUAGAGAACAGCCGAAACGUGAUUACUCUUCUCAAAAUCCUAAUUAAGUGUACACUUCCUGUUCGAUCCCCAAAAUACCAUUUGACAGUGCAAACAAUCUCUUCCUUAAAAAGGAAUAAUACAAUGCUUAUACACCAUCUCACCCACCCCUCCAAGGGGAGAAAAACAGUGGGGAAAGCAGAUAAAGGAAAACCCCAACCCACGAGUAUUAGAGAUUUCUUUCAAAGGAUUUCGUAAUUCUCUUGGAAAGUGCACAAUGACACCCUGAAAACAACCCAGCUGUAAUGCAAGCCCACAGGGAGCAUUCUGCUUAACUGUCAAAGGAUUAUUGCAAUCCUGGGGACUUAGGUGCAUCUGUCUGUGAGUAAACAUGAUUUGGAUAUGCCAUCUGAAGGAAAGUGUAAUGUAUAUUUUUAUUUGUAACAAAUAUUGUGAUCUCACAUUGUCUUUGAAGUGUGGAUGUUUGUGUUUUGUGAUUUGGUGAACAGAAGUUAAAUUGCCAUUUUGGAUACUUCCAGACAUUUUCCUCAAACAAAGAUAACAUUUAAAGGUAGAUUUCCUCCCCAUACUUUAUCUGUCUUUGAAAGUGUCUGAACUUUUAAAAGUUUACAUUUUGUUUCAAAUAUAUUGCUUGUUCUAUUUCUAACAUUCCAUAAAUAUACUUGAAAUGUUAUUUAAAUAUAGUCAAAGAAAUUUGAAUUCAGCGUAUAUAAUAACGCUUGAAUAUCUGAAUUAUAUAUUUGAAAAAUGCACUUGAAAUACACUGGAUAAUUACUUUUGAGAUUUAGAUUUUAAUUUCUGUUGCAGGUUUUUAUUUAAUUAGAAGCUAAUAAAGAAAUAAAAUAAAAA